AUGGCCUCGGCAGCGUCGGCUCCUGUGCCGCGGGUCUCGGCGCGUGUACGUGCGAUGCUGGCCGCGCCGCCUGUGCCGGAGGACGUACAAACUGCCUUGCAAACCAUGCAGAUGAUGUAUGAGGAAGAUCGUUUGCCUGCCGUCUCGUCUCUGCCAUCGCGACUUCGGCGUGAUAGGCAACGGUACAGCAAUGCAGCGACGCACCGCUUCUGUGAUGCCCUGGCUGCAGUGGAUGCGGCAUGUGAGACCGUGCAAGCUGAUACGCAAUCAGCUCUUGACCGCAUUACGGCGACGUAUGAGCACAUGUCACGCGUGUCGCUAGCAUCUCGCGUUUUGGGCGAGCAGGCAGACUCGUUGCGAACGCAAAUUGCGGCCACACGAGCCCACCAGGCACUGGCAGAGCAGGUGCUUGCGCGCCUCACACUCACGCCUGAUGAAGCUCAGUGCCUGACGGAGGCUGAGGCUCCCAUUGAUGCGGCGUUCUUUGCCGCAAUGGAUCGAAUUCCCACGAUCCUUGAAUCGUCCAUGUUGCUUGUCGAUGCAUGCGUUCCCGACGACCCGUCUGCCCUUACAUCGAGUACGAUCCCCGAGGAGGCGCAGCUGACUAAGGACCUCCGUGAGCGGGCGACGCAGCUGCAGCAGCAAGGGCUUUCACGCUUGGCACGUUGGUGCUCCUCCGAGCUUCGGCAACGUCCAUUGGACGGUGCACAUGUGAGUGAGACACUUCGGGAAGCGCUGCGUCGGCUGGCCAGUGACGAAGAUCGGUUUGAGUACGUACCUGACUUGCUGACCCCCAGCGCGACCAUGACAGCGUUUGCAGAGACACGCGCCGGACGCUGGCCUGAUGCGUUCCGAGAUGCGCUGACACACGGUGCGCAGUCGCGGCCUAUCGAUAUGCACGCCCAUGAUGCCGUGCGGUACGUGUCGGAUAUGCUGGCAUGGAUCCACCAGGCUCUCGCGACCGAGCGCGAUAUGCUGACCUCACUCUUCCCGACGACCGAGGCAGCGCAGCGCCGUAUUGGCGCGCCGCAUAUGGAUGAUAUGGAGGCGUCCGUAGGCGCUUCUCUGGCCAAAUGGCACCGCCGCAUACUGGAGCGCAGCUUGGCCGGGUGUGCGUCGCCGUUGCAGCAGCGUGUCCAGCAGACACUGAGCACGGAACGUACGCCUUUGAUCCUUCUCCGACUGUACCUUGUCCUGCGUUUCUACCGCGUGACAAUGGAACAUACCGUCGGCGUAGCCUCGCCUCUUUGUGGGGCUUUGGACGAGCUUUUGUUACUGGCCGAUGCCGCUCUCGUACAUGCAUUGCAGCAAGUUUGCUGGCCUCUCCGAUCGGCCCCAACGCUUACUCGUGUGCCAGACGCGUACCCCACCGCCCUCGAUACGCUACGAACACUGCUCGAGGCAUGUGGACGUGCUGACGAGGAAGCUACGUCUAUGUACACUCGGAUCACACAGCAGCUUAUCGAGCCGCUGCAUCACCUCGUUGCCUCCUCACCUACGUCUACACCAGCGCCCGCCCCCACCUCGUCGUGGCUUCGUCCCCGACUGCUGUUCGGUGCGCCGACGCAGCCGAGCGUACAGCCUUGGGACGUGUACACCACGCAGCUGGAAGCAUGGCUUCCUCUCGCUCACAUCCUCGCACCGUACCAGACGCAUGUCCAGGGUCAGUACGAAGCGAUUCAGCGCGAUGCACUGGAUGCGGCACAGCAUUUGCUUGCCCUGCAUACUGACGAGCUUGUAAAGGCGUCGGGCCUAGCGACGCUCACUGGGCCUGAGCCGCCUCUUGAGGCAUUUGCACGCACAUGGGCUGCCUUCUGUGCAUCGACGCAGCUGCUCCUCGCGCCACGGAGCCUAGAUCGCGUGCCUGAAGCGUCGCUACGUCGGGCGAUUCAUCGCGCGGCGUUGCUGCAUGUGGCACAGACGUAUACCCAGGCCAAGACGCAAUGGCCCACGCUCCCGACGACAUCUGACGACGUCUAUACUGUACUGGAUGUGAUGGAUAUCAAGACGCAGCGCCCGUCUGACGUAGUCCAACAAGUUCUCACGUCUACGGACCAAAGUACAUAG